AUGGACAACCGGACCCAACACCGACGUGUUCGGGACGCCGUCGUGGCCGAGGAGCUCCUCGGCCCUGGCAAGGCUGAGAAAUUUCAGGCCCUAGAUCAGAGAAAAAGAGCUUUAUUAGAGCGAGGCAUGGCGAUGUUGCAGAGGGAUGCUGCAAUUGCAGAGCGUAAUGCUGCCCAAGAUGAACGUGAUAGUGCCAUAUCUGCCCUUAAAUUGCGGGAAAGCUCAAUGAAUGAUGAAAAUAUUGUUUCCAAGUCACCAGGAGCUGAACACAUUCAUUACCAACAGGAGAUGCAUGAAAUGAUAAGUGCAGUUGCUUAUGACCCACUAGAAAACCUCACAAACGACCCCACCAAUGUGACAGAUCCUACUACUCAAACAGCCAAUCCCAGGAAGGUAGUAGUAUCAUAUUCAUUCCCAGAGAGAGAGAAAUUUGCAGAAAUGCAGAGAAGCCUGAGUCUUGCUGUUGAAGAAGGUGGAGGUGAUGAUUCCAAGUACCACGAAGAUGGUCACAUCAAACGAACUGGUCUCUUGUGA